CGUGGGAAAACGCUUGUUUGGAUUUUUAUUUUGCCUUUUUAAAAAAUAUGGGCUACCAUGCCCUUAAACAUAGUUCCUGCCUGGAGUGAAUCGCUUAAAAAUCGCAUAUCCCACUUGAGCUAACAACCACCAACUUUACAAGUGCCUGAACAGAGUUUUCCCAGUGAAAAGAGGGCUGCUGUUGUCCCUAGCAACCCUGGUGCAAUGAGUGCAAAGUUGGCUAGUGUGGAGCGUCCACCAGCAUUUGAAUCUGCAGUGGAUUUGUGCAAGCGACACCUGGCAGGAUUGGACCAAGCUGAAGUGGAAGCGAAGCCAACCUUUGAUAUAAAGAGAGAUCUGCUAAAUGUCCUGGGAGAGGGGUGUUGUUGUCCCUGGCAACGCUGCUGCAAUUAAACCAUCAGCUUUUGCGAGAAGUGUGAAAGUGACACAGCUUGAGACAGGGUCCAGCAGAUGCAGUGUGGGAAACCCUCACAAGACCGGAAACCAAGUGCGCUGUUUGCGGUGCAGCGAGUGGGGGCAUGCAGUCUCCAAGUGCCCUUUGUCCCUGACUCCAAUGCAAAGCUACCUAGCAAAACAAAGGUCUGCGAAGCCUGUAAUAUGUGUCAGAAGAGAGGCUGACCAAAAGCCAGGACGGAGAGUGGUUGCCCAUAGCAACACAGAGGAGACCAGUCGGGCUCUCUGUGGACCAUGGGGUGUGCUUGCCUGCAAGGGUCGUGACAAGUGGCUUCUGGAGGAACCAAUACAGCAUGUUGGAGAGAACCAGCAAAGCUCUGCAGGGAGAGUGCGAUCUCCCAUGACAACAAGAGUUGUGCCUGGAGAGAGGAGCUGCAGGAGAGAUUUGCCUCAACGUCCCCACAAAGAGCCCUGUGCGUUCUUGCCAGCUGGGAAUCAUCAGGAGAGAAACGCACUGGAGAAAAGUCGUCCUGUUCCAUGUCUGGAAUGUGGCCAGCUGGGGCACGAAAUGUUGUCUUGCCCUAGAUUCUGGGGUGCACCUGAAGUUCUUCCAUCAGAUUAUAGAAGAUUCCAGAUGUUACUCGGAGGAAUACUCGGAGGAAUACUGAGUGGAAUACUCGGUGGAAUACUCGGAGGAAUACUCGGUGGAAUACUCGGUGGAAUACUCGGUGGAAUACUCUGUGAGAUUAUCGUGAUUAUCUUGAUGUCUCUGAUGGAUUGCAAAGAGGAUAAAGAAGACCUUCCUUUAAGUGUCAUGGAGGUCGGAUAUGGACAACCCACCCCCAAUGAAUCCACCACCAGUGAGAACCGAUCAGCGUAUGGAGAGGAGGGUGGUCUUGUGGCUGGCACUGGGAUUGGAUCAUCCCACUUCAGUUCAAGAGAAAAAAGACAAAUAAUCUGCUCAACGCAUACAGCGGUAAUGGAGGAGGACAACAUAAAAAAUCUGCAUACUAGAGACAAUGGAACGAUCUGGAAUGAUCUGGAACACAACAACAGCUUGCAUGAACGAUUUGAUGACAUCACCAAAAUUUCUCAGGGUUCAUUUGGCCAAGUAAUGAAAGGAAGAAAAAAACAAGAAGGCAGAUACUAUGCUAUAAAAAUAGUACCUCGGCGGAGAAAUGAUGAAAAAAGAAUUAUUAAAGAAGUCGAGGCUUUAGAAUGUCUUAAACAUGAAAAUAUUGUUUGCUGCUACAGUUCUUGGUGGGGAGAGAUUGCAGUCAGCAGCUUAGAUGGGAGCGAAGAGGAUACUGUUCCCAUCUCAGACAGCAUGGAGAGCAACAGUAGUUUAAUCAAUGAUCGGGGUAGAGGACCUGAAUCCUGUCUUUUCAUUCAGAUGGAAUUGUGUAAAAUGUCCUUGGAGGAUUGGAUCUGGAAGCGCAAUGACAACCCAACAGAGAACGUUAACAAGGAUCAGAGUCUGCAGAUCUGUAUCCAAAUCAUUGAUGGAGUAAACCACAUUCAUUCCAAAGGCUUUAUCCACAGAGACCUGAAGCCUGCAAACAUAUUGUUAAUGGAGGACAUGACUGUAAAAGUCGGUGAUUUUGGUUUGGUGACUCGAGUGACCGGGGAAGAUGAAAGUCAUCAACAGAAGAGGACUCUAGGGGUUGGAACCCUCACCUAUAUGGCUCCAGAGCAGGAGCGAAACCAUUAUGAAAGUGAAGUAGACAUAUUUUCUUUAGGAUUAAUAUGGUUUGAAGUUUAUUGGAAAUUUGGUACUUGGCAAGAGAGAUCAAAGACAUGGAAGACUAUCCGUGACGGUGACUUGCCAACUGAAUUUGUAACAGAAUACCAUGCUGAGGCAUGUGAAAUCAAGAAAAUGCUGUCACAGGAUCCUAAGAUGAGGCCCAAUGCUGGUGAAUUAAAACUAUAUUUAAAAAAAAUAUGUUCUUUGUAGAUGCUGACAAUCUGGGAAUUUGACAAUUACUCUGUCAUGUAACACUGUAUCCAAAUGAUAGUGUUUUUUUUUAUUUAUUUUUUUACCCUGAAAAUUACCCUUUUUUGGAAUGUAGACACCUCAAGGUGAUCUCAUUUUUUUUGCCACAUUUUUUUCAGAAAUGAAGAAACAUGCUGGUAUUGAGGGGGUUAAAAAAUGGAGCUUGGUAGUGGUGCACUAGAUCGAGCACCAUAAUAAUGUACAGAUCACAUACAGUGAUAGGAUGGAGGUGAAAGGGUUAAUGUACAGGAUAAGAGGUGAAGGUGUUUAAUAAGGAUGAGCCGAACAACCCCCCUGUUCGGUUC